CAGCUGCCAGAGACCACACCGUCCAACAGAGCAGCACAAGUCCUUCGUCUUUCUCACACACGGGACACAGCAGUUGAAGACCAAAUCGAAGGGCAAUGAGGAGCUCUCCUUGUAGACUGGUUGUGGAGUUGUCCAGGGUCUAAGCAUGGGGAUAUAGCACAGAGAGACCUGAGUUUUCUGCCAUUUUGAUUGCCAAAAAAAAGGAAAUAAAAGAAGAAGAUGAGGCUAAGCUUCACAAGUGCAUGCUGUCCCUCUAAUUUCUCAAUUUUUACUAAACCCUCCCUUUGUACGAAUCUUCAUCGGACAGUAUGCUCUUCUUCAUUAUCCUCCCUACCCACUUCGUUAAAACCUCAAGUUCCGCUCUUUCUAAGACCACCAGUGCACUCAGCUACCGUUCCUGACCUCAGAAACUGGCAUGAUUGGGCCAAAAACCUUGCUUCUUCAGUUGGGACAAGGUUUCAGGACUCAGACAAUGGUCCAGACUCCAGCCUGUUGUCUAGGGAGCUUAAGUGGCUCAUGGAAGAUGCAAUUGAAGAUCACUCGGUAUUUUCCCAAUUGGGUAUUGGAAACAAUCAGACAAAUGUAAGAUUAAAGGCAGGCAUAGAGGAGCUUUACAAUCUGUGGAAGCAGAGGAUUGAAGAGAGGAGGCCUUUUCAGUAUGUAGUUGGGUGUGAGCAUUGGAGGGACUUGGUUUUGAGUGUCCAAGAGGGGGUUUUGAUUCCAAGACCUGAGACUGAACACAUUGUUGACUUGGUGGCUGAUGUGGUUUCAGACGAUGAAGGAUUGAGAGAGGGGUUGUGGGCAGAUUUGGGGACUGGAAGUGGUGCACUUGCUAUUGCAAUUGGGAGGAUUUUAGGGAGUUGUGGGACAGUCAUUGCAACAGAUUUAAGCCCUAUCGCACUGUCCGCGGCGGCUUUUAAUGUGCGGAGGUAUGGUCUGCAGGAUGCAAUUGAAUUAAGGCAAGGAUCAUGGUUCGAACCAUUGAAGGAUGUGGAAGGAAAACUUGCAGGUAUUGUAAGUAAUCCACCAUACAUUCCGAGUGACAAUAUCCCUGGGCUACAAGCUGAGGUUGGUAGACAUGAACCGAGACUUGCAUUAGACGGUGGUCUAAGUGGAAUGGAUUAUCUCUUCCAUAUUUGCAAUGGGGCUGCUUCAAUGUUAAAACCUGGUGGAUUUUUCAUUUUUGAGACAAAUGGUGAGCAGCAGUGCAAGUGUCUUGUGAAGUACUUGGGAAACGAUAUGAGAGGCAGUUUCCGCAGUUUGGACAUAGUAUCUGAUUUUGCUGGAAUUCAAAGAUUUGUAACUGGAUUCCGUCAAUGACCAACAUGAUUUGUCAAUAAUCGCAGCCGUCAAUUAAGGGGAACCUCAACUUAGUUGCAACCUGUUGCAUGGGUAGCACAACUCUCUAGCCCAGCAAGACAGAAUCAAGAAACUUCUCCUAUCCAAUCACUUCUACGAACUUUUCCACAAUUUGUUUCACAGUUACCUUUUAGUUGAUUGUAGGAAUAUCUAAUUAUAAAUGUUUUUUUUUUUUUUUCAAAUCAUUUUUAGACCUCUUUGGCAAGUUUUGACUGAAAACCUAUUUUUUGGUAUAGAAAAAUUGGAAAUUGAUUUCGGAUGCAUGGUUGAAAACAAGCAAAUUGUUUGUUUAGAUGUUAAUUUUAUUAGUUAUAUUUUCUGACUAGAUAAGUGUC